GCAGGCGGCCAACCGGCUGCAUGGCGCGCUGCGAGCGGCUGCGCGGCGCGGCCCUGCGCGACGUGCUGGGCCGGACGCAGGGGGUCCUGUUCGACUGCGACGGAGUGCUGUGGAACGGCGAGCGCGCCGUGCCGGGCGCCCCGGAGCUGCUGGAGCGGCUGGCGCGGGCCGGCAAGGCGGCGCUGUUCGUGAGCAACAACAGCCGGCGCGCGCGGCCCGAGCUGGCUCUCCGCUUCGCGCGCCUCGGCUUCGGGGGGCUGCGCGCCGAGCAGGUCUUCAGCUCCGCGCUGUGCGCCGCGCGCUUGCUGCGCCAGCGCCUGCCCGGGCCGCCGGGCGCGGUGUUCGUGCUGGGCGGCGAGGGGCUCCGCGCCGAGCUGCGCGCCGCGGGGCUGCGCCUGGCGGGGGACCCCGGCGAGGACCCGGGCGCGGCCCCGCGCGUGCGCGCCGUGCUCGUGGGCUACGACGAGCACUUCUCCUUCGCCAAGCUGAGCGAGGCGUGCGCGCACCUGCGCGACCCCGACUGCCUCCUCGUGGCCACCGACCGCGACCCGUGGCACCCGCUCAGCGAUGGCAGCCGGACCCCCGGUACCGGGAGCCUGGCUGCUGCCGUGGAGACAGCCUCGGGCCGCCAGGCCCUGGUGGUGGGCAAGCCCAGCCCUUACAUGUUCGAGUGUAUCACCGAGCACUUCAGCGUGGACCCCGCCCGCACGCUCAUGGUGGGCGACCGCCUGGAGACCGACAUCCUCUUCGGCCACCGCUGUGGUAUGACCACCCUGCUCACGCUCACAGGUGUCUCCCGGCUGGAGGAGGCCCAGGCCUACCUGGCGUCUGGCCAGCUCGACCUCGUGCCCCAUUACUAUGUGGAGAGCAUCGCGGACUUGAUGGAGGGGUUGGAGGACUGAGCCCAUGUGACUGGCACUGCAGCCCCCUCCCUCCCCGACCCUGAUCCCGUAGAUGGCGGCAAGGGGCCAAGAGCUGCAGGCUCCUGGGCCCCAUUUUCUGCAGCUGCAACUGGUGGGGUUGGGACCCAGGGAAGGUUUUCGGGCCCUCACAUCCCCUCCCAGUGGUGGCUGGGCACUCUUCGCUGUUCCAGAAGCGGUCCCCCUCCCCCCACCAGUUCGCCCUGGCCCAACCAAGCCAGGUGGCCUUAUUUCCUCGCCUGUGACCUCCCCUCUUUGAAAUCGGGGCCUUGAUGCCCGCUGAAGAUUUCCCCCAACCCUGAACACUUAGUGCCCUAGUCCCUCCUG